ACCGCGUUGGCAUUGCAACCCACAACAUAUUCAGGAUGGAAUUCUUCCCAAUUGGGGGUAAUGAGCCGAUUUGAUGGUGUUGGUCAUAAACCCCGGGUUAAUUUCGCAAAUGAAGAGCUUACGUGUCGGCGAGGUGCAGAAGUAGCGAACUAUGGUAGCGGAGAUACUCGAUGGCUGCUGGAGAUCAUGUAUCGACGAUGAUUCAGUGACUCGCAAUUUAGCCAAUCUUUCUGGUAUGGUAGCCCGUGCUGGUGCUGGUGUCCGACCAAUCCCAUACUCUCGCCUCAACUCGCAGAACUUAGCAAAUGCCAUGCGUUUUUGCCUUACAACACAAGCCGCAACAGCAGCUCAACAGAUUGCCGCCAAGAUGAGAAAUGAGUCCGGCGUCGCUGCGGCUGUAAAAUCUUUCCAUCGCCACCUGCCCCUAAAUCGAAUGCGAUUCCAUGUGAUGCCUAAUCGAGCAGCAGUAUGGACGUGUGUCAAGUCUAACAGAAAAAUCAACCUUUCAAAGCCAGCGGCCAAAAUCCUGAUUGAAAAGCCCAUGAUUGAUGUGAAAGAGAUAAGAAGGUCUGUACUUGCUCCGCACACAGCUCAUGGACCUCAAGACAGCUUUUUAAGAAGACGCAUGCGUACUGACGUCCUCUUGAAUCAGCCUCGAGGUCAAUUCAAUCUUCAUUGAAAAUCGUCGCUGGGAUCCCCUUACUGGCUUGAUAUCUGCCUCAACAAGUACUGGAUACGACAUGCUCAAAUCAGGUGGUGGAAUGCUCUACAAGCCAUACAGGGAAUACAACCGCAGCCGCUCUCCAAGGCCCCCGGCAGGCUCUUCGGACCGCGAUAUGUCACUCGCUACGAGCUCAAUAGUGUCGGCAAGCCGCACAGGUACCAAUGAAAACA